UGAGCCACUGCGCCUGGGCUUUUUUUUUUUUUUUAUUGUUGUUCUUGAGACAGAGUCUCACUUUGUUGCCCAGGCUGAAGUGCAGUGGUGAGAUCUCGGCUCACUGCAACCUCCGCCUCCCAGGUUCAAGUGAUUCCCCUGCCUCAUCCUCUGGAGUAGCUGGGAUUACAGGCAGGCACCACCACACCCGGCUAAUUUUUGUAUUUUUAGUAGAGACGGGGUUUCACUAUGUUGGCCAGGUUGGGCUCGAUCUCUUGACCUUGUGAUCUGCCCGCCUCGGCCUCCCAAAGUGCUGGGAUUACAGGCAUCAGCCACCUUGCCUAGCCAAAAUCUUUAUGAUUUUCCAUCUCCCAUGGAUUAAAAUUCAGAUUCCUUAAUAUGGCAUUGAAGGACCUCCAGUGAAGCCUUCCUUUCCCUCUUGCACCUCAGUCCACCCCUUUAAGCACUCUACUACACUGAGUCAACUACUUGUCCUUCCCCAUAAUUGACCUCUGUGUUCCUUUGCUGCUCUCAUGUAUUCUCUAUGCCUAAAAACCCAUUCAUUCUCUGACAAAAGGCAACUUGAACAUGGGUUCAAGUGCAACCCGGGUUUGAAUCCUAGUUUUGCCAGCUGUUAGCUGUGUAAAUAUGGGCAAUUUACCUAAAAACUCUUGUGCCACAGUUUUUGUGUUAUAAAAUAGGCAAAAUAGUACUUAUUUCCUAGGGUUGUUAUGAGGAACAAUGAUAUAUGAUUUUGAUAAUCUAUAUUUUUCAAGGCAUGCUUUACUGUCCUUUUGCUGCAGUUAUGUGUAUUCAUGUCUUAACUCUUUCUGGGCUAUUUCUUAAGGCUCCUUGAUAGUUAUCGUUGGGUAGUUUGGUUGGUUGGUUGUUUUUUGAGGCAGAGUUUUGCUCUGUCGCCCAGGCUGGAGUACAGUGGUGAGAUCUCGGCUCACUGCAACCUCCACCUCCCAGGUUCAAGUAAUUCUCCUGCCUCAGCCUUUGGAGUAGCUGGGAUUACAGGCAGGCACCACCACCCCUGGCUAAUUUUUGUAUUUUUAGUAGAGAUGGAGUUUCGCAAUGUUGGUCAGGCUGGUCUUGAACUCCUGACCUCGUGAUCUGCCUGCCUUGGCCUCCCAAAGUGCUGAGAUUACAGGUAUGAACCACUGCACCUGGCCCAGAGUUUUUAAAAUAUUUUAUUUUUACAAUUUAAAAAUAGAUACGAGGUCUCACUGUAUUGCCUAGGCUGGUCUCAAACACCUGAGCUCAAGCCAUCCUCCCGCCUCAGCCUCCCAAAGUGCUGGGAUUACAAGCAAGAGUCACCGCACCUGGCCUGAUGGUUAUCUUUGUAUCCUUUAUCUACACAGUGCCUUAAACAGAGUAAAUACUUAUUGAAAACUUGAGUGACAUGUGAGUUAAUAUAUGGGCUCAUAGAAUACCCCAGUAAUACAGCAGUCACUCACUUGAGGACAGGGGGAGGAUGGAGGGUAAGUAGAGAACUGGUUUAUUCUAGCAGAUACAUUACAUGUCUUCCAUGAACUUGACACUGGUAACUCAGCAAUGAAGAAGGCCCAGACCGGCUGGGCGCGGUGGCUCAAGCCUGUAAUCCCAGCACUUUGGGAGGCCGAGGCGGGUGGAUCACAAGGUCAAGAGAUCGAGACCAUCCUGGUCAACAUGGUGAAACCCCGUCUCUACUAAAAAUACAAAAAAAAAAUUAGCUGGGCGUUGUGGCGCGCGCCUGUAAUCCCAGCUACUCGGGAGGCUGAGGCAGGAGAAUUGCCUGAACCCAGGAGGUGGAGGUAGCGGUGAGCCAAGAUUGCGCCAUUGCACUCCAGCCUGGGUAACGAGAGCGAAACUCCGUCUCAAAAAAAAAAAAGGCCCAGACCAAAGUUCAGAGUUUUAGCUUCCUGUCCUAUAAAGGUUAAGAUUCUUAGCUCUAUGCUGAGGCAGUGAGUAUGAGGAGACUUCAAAAUGGCGCAGGUUGGUUGAGCAGGAUACGGCAAUAGUUAAGUUUGGUCAGAAAAUAGAAAUCAAAAGGAAAAUGUGGCUAUGGUCCCUUACCCCUAGCAGACCUUAAAUCUUCCUGAGAACCUGCUUUUUUGGGAAGGCAUGAGUGCCAGUAAGACUUGGCACUCCUCCUCUUUCCGCUUAACCACAGAAAAUGACUUUGCCUUUCUGCUCAAAACUCAUCUCUUCACUUUGUCACCCUAUGUUUGCAUCUUCCAUCCUUAGUGCGUUUCUAUUCAGUCUUUAAGCAACAUACGUACGACACGUUGGACUCUUGGGUAGUCUCUAGGGCUGUAGCAAGGAGCCUUGCUCUCAAGGGACUCAAUCCUGUGAACAGACCAUGUGUAAACAGUGGCUCAAUGCUGUGCCUAAGUGUGUUAGCCCCCGUGGCCAGCCUGAGGAGUUGGGAAAGGCUCCCUUAGGCAAAGAACCCAACCAGAAUCAAGUCUUAACGGUUAGAAAAGAACUCCGUCACCCAAAAAGGAGUGAGGGCCUACUGAACAGCUAACGCAUAAUCUCAGAGCUUGUGAGCCAAAAUUCCCUGGAAUGACUCCACUUUAUCCCCAAUCUCCUGCCACCUCCACCAAGGUCCACUCACCACCCUGUCCCCAGCACUGACUGCACUGCUGUGACCACAUUAAAGUUUGGCUCAAGAUGGAGGAGGAGUGAGGAAGCUACUGCGCCAGUAUGGCUGGUUGAGGCUGCCCAAGGUCCUAGAAGGAGGAAGUGGGUAAAUGCCAUAUCUAAAAAGAUAAAGCAGCCUCAGGUUUUAUCAGGGACAGCAGUUUCCUUCUCCUUCCCCAACCUCUGGUCAAGUCACAAAGCACCACAGCUGUAUAGCCAGAUGGGGGAAGGGAAGAGAUUAGAACCUAGCAGGCUAUUCUAGACAGGUACAGACUAGUUCACAGUCAUGCUAUCCCAAGCAGAAAGUGACGAUGGCUUGGACUAGCAUGGUGGUAGUAGAGAUGGGGUAAAGACUCAAGAGACAUCAUUGAGAGACAGAACCAACAGGACUUGGUAAUAAACUAGUCUCAGGAAAAAGGAGGAGUCAUGACUUUCAGCCAUGAACACCCACACUCUGGGUGGCCUCACCCACUUCCUGGCGAUCCUAGCGACCAUGAGUCCAGGGGCUACAACCCUUUACUCUGCCCACUGCUCAGCAAGUUACUUCAGUUUCCAGUUUGAUAAGAAAAGACUUCCUGUGGAGGAAUCUGAAGGGAAGAAGGAGGAGCUGGCCCAUUCCUGCCUGGGAGGUUGUGGAAGAAGGAAGAUGGCUUUGUGUCCACUGCAAGCCCUUUGGCUUCUAGAAUGGGUGCUGCUGCUCUUGGGGCCUUGUGCUUCCCCUCCAGCCUGGGCCUUGAACCUGGACCCAGUGCAGCUCACCUACUAUGCAGGCCCCAAUGGCAGCCACUUUGGAUUUUCACUGGACUUCCACAAGGACAGCCAUGGGAGAGUGGCCAUCGUGGUGGGCGCCCCGCGGACCCUGGGCCCCAGCCAGGAGGAGACGGGCGGCGUGUUCCUGUGCCCCUGGAGGGCCGAGGGCGGCCAGUGCUCCUCGCUGCUCUUUGACCUCCGUGAUGAGACCCGAUAUGUAGGCUCCCAGACUUUACAAACCUUCAAGGCCUGCCAAGGACUGGGGGCGUCGGUCGUCAGCUGGAGCGACACCAUUGUGGCCUGCGCCCCCUGGCAACACUGGAACGUCCUAGAAAAGACUGAGGAGGCUGAAAAGACGCCGGUAGGCGGCUGCUUUCUGGCUCAGCCGCAGAGCGGCCGCCGAGCCGAGUAUUCCCCGUGUCGCGGAAACACCCUGAGCCGCGUUUACUUGGAAAAUGAUUUCAGCGGGGACCGGCGUUACUGUGAAGCGGGCUUCAGCUCCGUGGUCACUCAGGCUGGGGAGCUAGUGCUUGGGGCUCCUGGCGGCUAUUAUUUCUUAGGUCUCCUGUCCCAGGCUCCAAUUGCGAAUAUUUUCUCGAGUUACCGCCCGGGCACCCUUUUGUGGCACGUGUCCUCCCAGAGCUUCUCCUUCGACUCCAGCAACCCAGAGUACUUCGACGGCUACUGGGGGUACUCGGUUGCUGUGGGCGACUUCGACGGGGAUCUCAAUACUACAGAGUAUGUCGUCGGUGCCCCUACUAGGAGCUGGACCAUGGGAGCCGUGGAAAUUUUGGACUCCUACUACCAGAGGCUGCACCGACUGCACGGAGAGCAGAUGGCUUCGUAUUUUGGGCACUCAGUGGCUGUCACUGACGUCAACGGGGAUGGGAGGCAUGACCUGCUGGUGGGUGCUCCACUGUACAUGGAGAGCCGAGCAGACCGAAAACUGGCAGAAGUGGGGCGUGUGUAUUUGUUCCUGCAGCCCCGAGGCUCCCAACUGCUGGGUGCCCCCAGCCUCCUGCUGACUGGCACACAGCUCUAUGGGCGAUUCGGCUCUGCCAUCGCACCCCUGGGCGACCUCGACCGGGAUGGCUACAAUGAUGUUGCAGUGGCUGCCCCCUACGGGGGUCCCAGUGGCCGUGGCCAAGUGCUGGUGUUCCUGGGUCAGAGUGAGGGGCUGAGCUCACGUCCCUCCCAGGUCCUGGACAGCCCCUUCCCCACAGGUUCUGCCUUUGGCUUCUCCCUUCGAGGUGCCGUAGACAUUGAUGACAAUGGAUACCCAGACCUGAUCGUGGGAGCUUACGGGGCUAGCCAGGUGGCUGUGUACAGAGCCCAGCCAGUGGUGAAGGCCUCUGUCCAGCUACUGGUGCAAGAUUCACUGAAUCCUGCUGUGAAGAGCUGUGUCCUACCCCAGACCAAGACACCCGUGAGCUGCUUCAACAUCCAGAUGUGUGUUGGAGCCACCGGACACAACAUUCCUCAAAAGCUGUACCUAAAUGCUGAGCUGCAGCUGGAUCGGCAGAAGCCCCGCCAGGGCCGGCGGGUGCUACUGCUGGAUUCUCAACAGGCGGGCACCACCCUAAACCUGGACCUGAGCGGAAGGCACAGCCCCAUCUGCCAAACCACCAUGGCCUUCCUUCGAGAUGAGGCAGACUUCCGGGACAAGCUGAGCCCCAUUGUGCUCAGCCUCAACGUGUCCCUGCCCUCCAAGGAGGCUGGAAUAGCCCCUGCUGUCAUGCUGCAUGGAGACACCCACGUGCAGGAGCAGACGAGAAUCAUCCUGGACUGCGGGGAAGAUGACGUGUGUGUGCCCCAGCUUCAGCUCACUGCCAACAUGACCGGCUCCCCACUCCUAGUUGGAGCAGAUAACGUCCUGGAGCUGCAGAUGGACGCAGCCAACAAGGGCGAGGGGGCCUAUGAAGCAGAGCUCACUGUGCACCUGCCCCAGGGGGCCCACUACAUGCGGGCCCUCAGCAACGUCGAGGGCUUUGAGAGACUCAUCUGUAAUCAGAAGAAGGAGAAUGAGACCAGCGUGGUACUGUGUGAGCUGGGCAACCCCAUGAAGAAGAACGCUCAGAUAGGAAUCGCGAUGUUAUUGAGUGUGGGGAAUCUGGAAGAGGCUGUAGAGUCUGUGUCCUUCCAGCUGCAGAUCCGGAGCAAGAACAGCCAGAAUCCAAACAGCAAGAUGGUGCUGCUGGAGGUGCCAGUCUGGGCAGAGGCCCAAGUGGAGCUUCGAGGGAACUCCUUUCCAGCCUCCCUGGUGCUGGCGGCAGAAGAAGGUGAUAAGGAGCAGAACAGCUUGGUCAGCUGGGGACCCAAAGUGGAGCACACCUAUGAGCUCCACAACAAUGGCCCUGGGACUGUGAAAGGCCUUCGCCUCCGCAUCCACCUCCCUGGGCAGUCCCAGCCCUCAGACCUGCUCUACAUCCUGGAUCUACAGCCCCAGGGGGGCCUUCAGUGCUCCCCACAGCCUCCCAUCAACCCCCUCCAGGUGGACUGGGGGCUGCCCACCACCAGCCCCUCCUCCAUCCACCCGGCUCAUCACAAGCGGGAUCGCAGACAGAUCGUCCUACCAGAGCCUGGGCAGCCCUCAAGGCUUCAGGAUCCCAUUCUCGUGAGCUGCGACUCAGAGACCUGUACUGUGGUGGAGUGUGACCUGCAGGAGAUGGCGCGCGGGCAGCGGGCCAUGGUCACCAUACUGGCCUUCCUGUGGCUCCCCAGCCUCCGCCAGAGGCCACUGGAUCAGUUUGUGCUGCAGUCGCACGCAUGGUUCAACGUGUCCUCCCUCCCCUACGCUGUGCCCCCGCUCAGCCUGCCCCGAGGGGAAGCUCAGGUUCGGACUCAGCUGCUCCGGGCCUUGGAGGAGAGGGCCAUUCCGAUCUGGUGGGUGCCGGUAGGCGUGCUGGGUGGCCUGCUGCUGCUCACCCUCCUUGUUCUGGCCAUGUGGAAGGUUGGCUUCUUCAAGCGGAAACGGCCACCCCUGGAAGAAGAUGAUGAAGAGGAGGAGUGAUGGUGCAGCCUGUCCUCUGUUCUAGCCGGAAAGCUUUGGGAUGGAGCUGUUCUGGAGGGCCUCGUGGUGUCACUCCCCUCCUGACAAAGCUGGGCCACCCCCUCCUGCUGCCUAAUAAAGAGGCUGAGCCCAAUGCUGAUGCCAAUAAU